AUGACUAUGAUGAGACAAAUCACACGUAAUGGUGCUGUAGUGAUAACAAGAAAGAGAAUCAUCCUCCACCAUGUGAGAUGCACCAACCCGAUCAUUAAUCGCACUGGACUGACAAACCACAGGAUUGAACCAUCUAUCCGUGUCCGUCGGGCAAUCCACGCCAACGAUGCGACCCUUCUGCGCCGAAUCCUCAAGACACACCCCAGCUAUCUCCUAAACCCCGAUUCCUCCCCUUCCGGCCUAUCCAACUCGAAUAUGCACCUGGCGGCUUCACUAGGUCACCACGAAGUCUGCGCAGUACUGUUAAAGCUCGGUCACGAGGAUCCAUGCCCUGCUCUCAACGAAAGCCACCAAACCGCAUUGAUGCUCGCCGCAGCUGGUGGGCAUACCGAAGUCGUCCAAAUUCUCUGCGAGCACGACAAAACAUGUAUUCUUCGUCGCGACGUUCGAGGCCGCGAUGCCGUCAUGGAGGCUAGUCUCGGAGGACACGAUACCAUACUACAGCUCCUCCUUACCUACGUUCCCGGUGGACCUUAUGAUGCAGUUCGCCGCGCAGAUGUUGAAGGAAAUACAGCACUGCAUUUUGCGAGUGGAAACGGAAACCUGCUGGUACUACGAACGCUGCUGGCGGCGGGCGCUGACAUACACAAACGAAACAUCUGGAGUUGGACUCCGGCUGCAUACAGUGCUACUGUGCAGGCUGAGGUCUAUUUGAAGGGCUUGGUCAACGAAGUUGGGAAGCUACAACAGCAGCAACAGAAACGAGAGAUUGAAUCGGCCAAGAAGGGCGGUGGAGUUCGAGUUGUUGAAUCCACAAGCGAUGAAGAAUGA